UCAUUGGAAUAAUGGAGUCAACAGCGCUCAAUCAAUAUAUAUUAUUAUGAAUAUGACUAUAAAACAGCAACGUAGCAAAGUGACAGAAGUCUCUGAAGAGGGGAUGUGGAGGUCCGCCUGUGACCUCUCUGUGAGGGCAGCAGAGAGGGCAAUACACAGAAAAUGUUCACGUAGGCUCUAUGCUCACAAUGCGGAAAAACCUCCUCCUCAAUCUACUCCCCGGACCCAGGCGGAGAAAGAGAGGCGGAGGAGAGAUAAGGAGGAGGCCAUACUGAGAAGUCAACACAACAAUGUUGAAGAUCAAGGAAUGAAAUGGAGUGAGAAAGAGAGGAUAGCGUACAGUGUUUCAACACCUCCUGGGGAGAAGAAAGACACCACCCUGCCCUUCCCUUCGUCCUACAGCCCGGAGUAUGUGGAGACCAGUUGGUACUCGUGGUGGGAGAAAGAAGGCUUCUUCACCCCAGAGAUCAAUGACAGACUGCCACAUGCUGUGAAUCGCUCCUUCUCAAUGUGUAUCCCUCCGCCUAAUGUGACUGGCACGCUGCACCUCGGCCAUGCACUCACAGUGGCCAUAGAGGAUGCAUUGGUCCGCUGGAGGAGGAUGCAGGGCUACAAAGUUGUCUGGGUACCAGGCUGUGACCAUGCAGGCAUCGCUACGCAGACGGUGGUGGAGAGGAGGUUGUUUAGGGAACGAGGCAAGCGAAGACAGGACCUCAGCAGGGAGGAGUUUCUAAAGGAGGUGUGGACGUGGAAGAAAGAGAAGGGAGAGGAGAUCUAUCACCAGCUGAGGAAACUUGGUGUGUCUCUGGACUGGAGCAGAUCCUGCUUCACCAUGGAUCCAGGCUUCAGCAGUGCUGUGACCGAGGCCUUUGUAAGGCUGUGUGACUCUGGUCUGAUCUAUCGCUCUGAGGGGCUGGUCAACUGGAGCUGUGCUUUGGAGUCGGCCAUCUCUGAUAUAGAGGUUGACUCCAAGCAGCUGUCUGGCAGAACCCUGUUGUCUGUCCCUGGCUACCAGAACAGGGUGGAGUUUGGGACCAUGGUCACCUUUAGCUACCCUAUAGACGGCCAGGAUUACAUCCUGAGGACCCUCGAUAUCAGGCUAGUAUACUUCAGAUUACAUCCUGAGGACCCUCGAUAUCAGGCAGUUCAUGGUAAACAGUGCAGACACCCAUUCGCUGACCGACUCUUACCCAUCAUCACUGACACUAUGGUGGACAUGGAGCUGGGUACAGGUGCUGUAAAAGUUACUCCAGCUCACGACCACACUGACUUCCUGCUUUCCCAGCGGCACUCUCUUCCUCGCCUCACUGUGAUUGGAGGAGACGGCACAAUGACCCCUCUCUGUGGUCAAUGGCUGGAGGGAGUGAAGCGUUUUGAUGCCAGAGAACAAGUGAUCGAUGCACUGACAGAGAAGAUGCUGUUCAGAGGGAAAAGGGAUCAUGCCAUGUCUUUACCUGUCUGCAGUCGUUCUGGGGAUGUCAUUGAACCUUUGUUGAAGAAGCAGUGGUUUGUGCGUUGUGGAGAGAUGGCCCAGAGAGCCAUACAGGCAGUAGAUGAGGGACAGUUAGAGAUCAUUCCUCACUUCUACACCAAAACAUGGAGUAGCUGGCUCUCCAACAUCAGUGAUUGGUGCAUAUCCAGGCAGCUUUGGUGGGGUCAUCAGAUUCCAGCCUAUCGAGUGACUCUCUCAGAUUCCACUGACACUCAGGAGGAGCUCUGGGUCUGGGGCAGGAGUGAGGAGGAGGCCAGAGAGCGGGCUGCUGGGAAAUAUGGAGUGACUGCUGACGCCAUUACACUGACUCAGGACCCUGAUGUAUUGGACACCUGGUUCUCCUCAGGGCUCUUCCCAUUUGCCAUGUUGGGCUGGCCACAGCAGACAAGUGACCUGAGACAAUUCUACCCCAACACUAUCCUGGAAACAGGAAGUGACCUCAUCUUCUUCUGGGUGGCCAGGAUGGUGAUGCUUGGCACAGAACUGACUGGGCAGUUACCCUUCAAACAGGUGCUCCUCCACUCUCUGGUGAGGGAUAAGCAUGGCAGGAAGAUGAGUAAAUCUCUGGGAAAUGUCAUCGACCCUUUAGAUGUUAUCUCUGGCAUCUCUCUGGAGAGGCUCCAAGAGAAAGUGGAGGAGGGCAACCUUGAACCCCGUGAGAGCAUGGUCGCCAUGGAAGCGCAGAGGAAAGACUUCCCUAAGGGGAUCCCAGAGUGUGGCACUGAUGCGCUCCGCUUCGCACUCUGCUCUUACAAGGCCCAGGGUGAGGACAUCAGUCUGUCCGUGUCCCAGGUGCUGAGCUGUAGACACUUCUGUAACAAGAUGUGGCAGACAGUGAGAUUCACGCUGGGUGUCCUGGAGGACCGUGGGGCUGAACUGGGAACAGUAGAACAGACCUCUCCUCUGAACAGUAUGGACCAGUGGGUUUGUUCUCGGCUCUAUAGCACGGUGCUCCAGUGUGAGCAGAGCUUUGAGAGAUAUGAACUCCACUCUGUUACCGCUGCCCUGCACUCCUUCUGGCUGCACAGCCUCUGUGACAUCUACCUGGAGUGCAUCAAGCCAGUGCUGAGCCAGGACUCUGGCGCCGGGGCGUUGGGUCUGAUCGACACAGUGCACACUGGGAGAGGUAGCCAGAGAGAGAAGCAGGUGGUCAGGGCUGUUCUCUACCACUGUGUGUCUGUCUCUCUGGCCCUCCUCUCUCCCUUCAUGCCCUUCCUCACUGAGGAGCUGUGGCAGAGGCUCUACCUUCUCAGGGGAGAGGGUGGUGAUAGCGCUGGGGCUAGCUUGUGUCUACAGCCAUACCCACAGUCUUCACAACUGGCACACUGGCACUUCCCCCAGGAGGAAGCAGACUUCACUCUGGUCCAGGAAGUGGUGAGAGUAGCCAGGUCCCUCAGGGCCCAGUGUGGCAUGACCAAGGAGAAGCCUGACAUGUGGGCCGUGUGUUCGCCCAGCCAAGCCCAGAUCCUGGUCCACUUUGGCCCUGCUGUACGGACCCUGGGCCGAAUCACCAAGCUCCACCUCCACUGUCCUCAGGGGGCCGGCUCCCUGUCCUUCCCGUCGGCUCCCCCUCCCUCUAAAGGCAGUGCUGUGGGUGUAGUCGACCACUCCUGUCAGUUACACCUCAAUGUUCAGGGCGGUGUGAAUGUGAGCAAACUUAGUCUCCAGCUCUCCCAACGCAGAGAGAAGCUCCUCUCUAAACUGGAACAGUCCCUCUCUCGAACCCGUGUGCCAAACUACUUACAGAAGGUCCCAGAGCGAGUGAGGAUAGAGACAGAGAACAAAAUCUCAGCCUUGGAGCAGGAGCUGAGGAACAUUGAGGAGCAGCUGUCAGCACUACAGGGACCUCCAAAACACAACUCUGGUCAAAAGUAGUGUACUAUGUAGGGUUUUUCACUAGUUCCCACAGUCAAAGUUAAAUAAAAAUAAAAAAUGCACAUUUUUGUUUUCAUUCAUUUUUUAAGUUGGGGUUAGCCAAUUUAUUUUAAAUUGGGGUUAGGAAUAAGGUUAGCAGUGUGGUUAGGUUUAAAAUCAGAUUUUAAGAAGAGACAUUUUAGAACUAGGCGGGGUUAACUAGUGAUGACCACUGUGAGGAAUAGGACCCUGGUCUAAAGUAGUGCACAACGUAGGGAAUACGGUGCCAUUUGAAACACAAUCACAGUGAGAGAUGACCUCCCUCUACAUGGACAACUUGACUGUCUACAGUGUCUGUCUGCAGGGAUUCAACUCUGGAUCGGACAUGGAUUAUAUCAAUCAUGGACUACCAGGUUUUCUGCCACUGAACACAAAGAACUGCAGGCCCUGGAAUAACUACAGUGGUGACCCUACCCCUAAUUACAGUGGUGACCCUACCCCUAAUUACAGUGGUGACCCUACCCCUAAUUACAGUGGUGACCCUACCCCUAACUACAGUGGUCACCGUACCCCUAACUACAGUGGUGACCCUUGCUUGGAGUCAAGCCAUAUAGGCAUGAAUGUAAAAUAAUACAUUAUUCAAAGAAUACCACUUGUCUGUCAUCAAAAAACAGCAUACUCUAUCCCAGGGUUCCCCAGCCGAAUUUGGGCCGCUAGUGAUUUUUUUUGGCCCCCCAGGUUCCAUGCAAAAUUGUUUAAAUGUUGUUUUUUGUGUGUUUUUUUUACAUAAAAGGCUAUAAAACACCAGAAAAUCAGCUGCAAGUUAUUUUAAUUUUGGAAAUGUGUUCCAAAGUAUUCCCACAUAUAAUAGAGAGAUAUAUGUUAGCGUAUACAAAUGUAAGCAAAGGUUUGACAUGAUUGUUUUAGUCAAAUAUUACACAGAACAAAAAACAAUUAUGCGACAUGUAAAGUGUUGGUUUCAUGAGCUGAAAUAAAAGAUCCCUGAAAUGCUCCAUA